AUGGAGGCGCAAGCAGGUGGCAUGGAAUGUGCCGAUGUGCCGGGCACAUUCACAUUGGGCCGGCACUUGUCGACGAGAAGGUGGACGGGGGAUAACCGGUUUUUGGAACGGCGGAGAGCCUGCCACACGACCUCUCGGCCCCUCUUCCGGCGACGGUCGGCGCAGGGCCACUCUGUCUCAUGUCUAGGAAGAUGCGCGCGGUUGAAGUUUGCCGAUGCCGAUCACUGGUGGGUCGAGAGCGGUGGUUGGUGUGGUUGUGAUCCCGGGGGAAAACUGCCGCUGUCGAUGCAGGGACCGGCCUGGCAGGGGCGAUACGCCGAGGCGGAGUGGAGUCGAGUCUUGGCUAAAGCUAAUGAGCACCCCCUCAAUCACCGCCUUAAGCGGCAGCCAGUGUGCAACAGGCGGCGGCGCCUUUCUAGAAGUGUGUUCAGGCGGUAG